UUCUGCCUCGCGUCCGUCUCCUGCAUCCGCAGUCGCCGCCGCCGCCGCCGCGAUGAUGCAGUCGCACCACCCCUCGCCGGCGCGGCUGGGGCUGACGGCCUCGUCGCCGUCGCUCCCGCCCAACCCGGCUGCGGGGAAUCCCACCUCCUCGCCGCCGCAGGGCAACCCUAGCGCGGCGGCGGCCGUGGGCGCUGCCGCUGCCGCUGCACCAACCCUAACUACAUCGCCGUCGCUGCUGCCGCUCCUGCCGCCGCUCCCGCGGGCGCAGGCGCUCCUCCAGCUGAUCUCCGCGCUCGCCUCCAACCUCUUCGAGCUCUCGCCGAGCCGCGCCGCGUGGAUCUCGGCGUACCGGGGGUCACUCCCCACUUUCCUCCCCUCGCCGUCCUCCGCGCCGCCGCCGCCGCUCCCGGCCCCGAUCUCCUCCACCAAGGAGGCGCUGUCGCUGCUCAACACGCUCCAGACCCAGCUCUUCGAGGCCGUCGCCGAGCUGCAGGAGACCCUCGACCUGCAGGACGCGCGCGCGCGCCUCGCCCGCGAGGCGCGCGCCAAGGACGCCUCGAUCCUCGCCUUCGCCAAGAAGCUCCGCGAGGCGCACCACGUGCUCGACCGCCUCGUCGACGACUACGCCGACUACCGCCGCGACCCCAAGCGCCCGCGCGGCGCCGCGGCGGCGGACGACCCCGAGCCGGUGUCAGACGGCGACUUUGGCGCGUCGCUGCACUCCAAGCUCAACCUGGACGACGUCCUGACGUACGCCCACCGCAUAAGCUACACGACCUUCGCGCCGCCUGAGCAUGGUGCUGGGCUGCCUCUGCGUGGGGCGUUGCCGCCUGCUCCUCAGGAAAAUGAGAUGAGGAUGUCGCAGCUGUAUCAAUUUGCGGAUUUGGAUGUUGGAGUGCCGAAAUCCCAGGAAGCAAAGGAGAGGACUGCAGCAGAGGGAGAUGCCACUCCGCUUUUUCAGCCUUCACCAACCCAGGAGGCAGCUGUGCUACCAAUCACUGUGCCGCAUCCGCAUGGGUGGCGGAACGGGGCGCUGCCUCUCGAAAUCCCGUUGCCGCCGCCUGGAUGGAAACCCGGGGACCCGAUCACUCUACCGCCGGAUGGCAUUCUGGCUGGUGUCAAGGGUGAGGAGCCACGGGCCAGUGUGCAACAGAUGCCGGUUGUGGUGCCAGCAAUGGUGCCGAAGGCACAAGAACCGAUACAGGUUCGGCAUGUUGAUCUUGACAUUAACAAUAGUUCUAGCAGUGAUGAGUACAGUAGCGACGUCGGGAGCUCUGAAGAAGAUGAUGAGGAUUAGUUCCUUGGUAAGCUAUUUUAUGAUUCAUGUUUCCAUGCCGUUGUAGGUCAUGUACUAGUAAGAACAAAUAAUGCAAGCUCUCAUACAUGAUUAUUCAAGAUCAUGCAGCAAUAUACUGGUAUUGAAUAGAAUUGGGUGGCGUAUCAUGUAUGUGUUGAUUAAUUAAACCAUCUCACUAGUCAAUUUGCUUCGAUAUAUGUAAUCAAGCAUGAUGGUCUAAUUUCCUCAGGAUGUGCUGGUGUUGUAUCGUCAGAAACAUGGCUUCUUUUAUGGAUAUUUAAACUUGAACAUGGUGUGUUU